CUGGAUGAAGUCCUAUAACGUUCUCUAGCAAACUGGGGUCGGCAUCGAGGAAAUGUGGCAUGGACAUUGCUGCUGGAAUACCUGUAAAUAAAGAGGAAGCUUCAUCAUUCUAUUUUGCGAGCUCGAAGAACUCGGUGUACGAAAGAUUAUAACUUGAGAGAAAGCAAUAUAGGAAUUCAUCCCUCUCGUAGACGACUUACGUUAUGGAACCAGCACCAGUGCAAUACUACUACCACGGUCAUCGGUAAUCAGAUAAACGUGUACACGAACAGGAAAUCCUUAUACGAACACGAUCACCUUCUAUCUUUCAAGAAUUCACGAUGAUUAAAAAAAGAAUGCACUGUACAUUUUAUUCUCAGAUACCCGAAAACCGAAAGGAUUGCAUUCUGUUAUCAUCAAAUUAAAGAAAAAAAACAUUAACACAUUUUGGAAAUAUCAAUUUUUACACGUGUAUAAUAGAUGCGCAGAAGACUACUCUUCUUUAGUGACAGAAAGACGUAAUCCUGAUAAAAUGACGCGGAGAGAAAAAAAAAAAUCAUUAACUUAAUCCUCUGAUGACCGCACGUUUCUGCGGAUCUAUAACUCUAAAUACUUACACAGGAACCAUGGCUUCAAUAAUAUAUUUUUUAAUAUUUCAAUGGAACUUUAUGAGUACUCGGUACUUUGCUCUUUCAAUGUUUUUGAAGUGUUGUCUAUUGAUAUCUACUUUUGUAACAAUUACAUCGACGUUUUUAAAUUACAAUUACUAAGUGAUUCAUUUGAUGCAAAAUAGACUAAAAGCAGGUUUCCUAUGCGACCAGAGAGCACCUUUCAUUUCACGUUAAGCAAUAAUAAUGUACGGUGCUCCCGUUGAAAAAUACUUUUGCUGGUAAAAGUGAUUUUCGUAACUACUGCAAAAACGGACCAACUUACAUAUUCGUCGACUUAAAUAGUUGAAUAAUUUGACGUCGUAAAAAUUGACUGAUUAUGUGCCUUUGAAAACACUAUUUAUUAAUUAAGUGUCUACGAUAAAACUGGUUGAGCAAAAACAGCCAUACUAAAAAUAGCUCUACUAUAAUUUAGCUUACGAAAGAUAUUAAGAAUGAUUUUUUUUUAUAGUAAACAUUUUUGUUUAUAGAAACACGCAGCAAAAGUUGCAACAGAGGUUUGUUUUUCAAAUCAAGAUGCAAAAUGCUAAUAAAGAAAGAAACAAAAAAUCUGCUUCCUUAUAUUUAAAUUGGAGACUUUGAUUUAUUUCAGAUUUAUUUAUAGGUAACUCUUGCAACACACCAUUUAUCUACCCCAUGUUGACCACCUGUUAGUUUUUUUAAUUUAUGCUUAGAUGACUUCAGUUAUUUCCUUAAGGAUCUCUUUUUCCACCUCUAAAAGCAAGCAUGAAAAAUUGCAGUGGAACAGAAGCAUCAGAAUAAUGGCAGCAUUCCAACGAGGUGUUUUUCAGUGUUUUACGCGAUCGUUUUUUGCAAACAAGAUGGUUGGAUGUUUAUGCAAGGUGCACUUCGUUGGGGUUCGCUAAAAAAAAUUGUCUAGUUGACUGCACAACCUAAUUAAUACAAAUAUUAAGUUUGAUUUAAAUUUAAAUUUCUUUGACUCCGUUCUGACAGAACGGUCAUAAGUCCAACAUGUUGUAAUACAAAUAUAAAAAUAGAAAUUAUUUUUACUUUUGAGCAGAUGUAAAAAAAAUUUUUUCGAACGGAAUUUCCAUUGCGUUUACCAUUUUUUAGAAAAAAAAAUCAAACUUACAUAUGAAUUUCGGCCGUCCAAGGUGACCUACCCCUUUAAUUGUUUCACGAUCCCGUUUCUUUUUUCUCGAGGGAAUUUGAACGUUACUAACAUUAAUUAAAGCAAAGUGCUAUCCUCUGUUCGUUCAUAACGAUUUUUUUAUUUUUUAAGAUUGUAUGAUGAAUGAUUAACAUAAAUUCAGUUUAGUUUUGAUCUAAAGAGAAACUUGGUAACAAAUGGCAAGGAGUUUAUUCAAAUACACGCGUUAGAGACUGAUAGGAUAUCGUCUUUUCUUUUUUUUUUAUUGUUUGUAAGCGAUUUGUAGCCGUGACCUAAGAGAAAAAAGAAACAUGCAUUCAGUCUGCUUCGGUUUUUAUGCGACUCGGAUAGCGUAAUAACAUAUAGGAAAAUUGUUUGUCGAAUAGUUUAUCUGCGCACAUAAUUAUCCGGAAGAUGCAUCUGUGUUUUCAAACAUCUUGCAUUUUAUUAGCUGAUGUAGCUCGUAAACAUACACAUUUAUUUCAAUUUGUUUUGACUGUUGCAAUUGAUUUUUACAAAGGUUAAAAAAAAAUAGAGUUCAAGAUAAUCUCGAGGAAAAUUGGAGAAAAUUCUCGAUUAGAUUGUUUCAUUUUAAUAAAGUUUCUGGAGAGAGCAUUGAUCGAGUAUGGAUGUAAUAAAUUAUGGACAUACUUCAUAUUCAUUAUAAUAAUCAAUGCAUGAUUAACCAGGAAUUUUAUAAAGUGUCCGUACUUUUAUCAAAGUUAAUUAUAAAUGAAUAAGCAUAAACAGUUGUGUGUAAUUAGAGUUAUCAUUUAUAAAUGGUUUUCGGAAGUUAAAACUUUGCGUUUUUGGUAAACAAUGAGAUCAACGAAUAUCAAUGAUUACUUAAAAUAAUUCGAUAGAUAAACAUGACAUGUUUUACACGCGAUGUAUAUUUCAACGAUUAAGAAUUUGUUAAAAUAGAAUUAAUGGGACAACGAAGUCACUUUGAAAUGCAGCGACAAAAUCAUUUAAAAUGAAUUUAAAAUAACGUGCAAUGGAGAAAAAUGUUGUAUAAAAAAUGAUGUUGAUGCCUCAGGAUUGUAUAAAUAUUAAGUUUUUAUUUUUAAGAAUUUGAGAUCGAUCGUACGUAAGGAUUUGCAUUAAAAAACAUUUCCUGCUAGAACGGUAUUUGCAUCAGUCCAACAAAAAGAAGAUAUAAGUUCAAAAGUAUGCUGAUCAGUAGAUGAUAACAUUAUAAAAGACUAGUAUAAAUAUGCAUGAUGAGUUUUUUUAAUUCGUUAAUUUAGUUUGUUUUAAAAUUUAAUCAGAUUAUUGAUUAAUGAAAUCAUUGAUUAUUCUUUUAACGAUAUUUUGCAUAUAAAAUUUUGUAUUUUCAUCGGAAUUUUUGAAAGAAAGAUACCUGUUGCUACUUGUUUUUUAUUAAUGAAAUCUGAAAGUAAAUAUAUAAGAAAUAUGUUUGAAAUUCAAUUGCAAAACGAAUGUAUUCAUUGUUCUAGAUAGAUGAGUAGAAAGAAAGUUGAAGCAUUUGCAGAUUAAUUUUCUGUAAUUCAAAGUUAUUAGAAUAUCAAAUUUAUUUGUCUGUAUUCAAUUAAUCCCGUCUCUUUUUUCUUAUAUUUGUAUUGUAAUCAAAUCUUAUGAUGAAAAUCGCCUUAAGUUUAAUAAUAUCACAGCAAGUGUAUGAUCUUUAUAAUAUAUAGUCAGUGUCUUUCAUUCAGAUGAUUACUGAUCUGCCUUAACCUGCAUCAAGUUGAGAUUUGUCAAUUACCACAAGAAGCAGAUAAUUAUUUUAGUAAUUUAUGAUACUAUUACUGACUGUUAAAUGUCAUGUAAAGUACUGUUUAUAAAGUGACUUUCUUUGCUGUGUGUUUAAUUUUUUAAUACGGUCAGAAAUAAACUUGGAUAUUUAUAUAAUUUUACAUUAAUGAAAUGGAGUGAUUUUAAAUAAUUUACAUAUACAAGCCACAAAAUUAUGUUACUUUCCACAUACUGGAUAGAUGUAAAAAUAAAUAAGAUUGUUUAAAACCUAAUUUAUUGAAAUGAUGAUGGAGUUGAGUCAUAGUUUGACCCUCAAUGAGGAUGCUCUUAAUCAAAUCCCAGAGGCCAAACGACCAGUUUUUAUAUUUGAAUGGUUACGCUUUUUGGAUAAAGUUUUGAUUGCUGCACAAAAGAGUGACAUUAAAGGAUGUCAACAAAAGCUUGUAGAACAGUUAACUAAACACAUGCAAGGGGCACCUGGACCUCCUACACGAAGACUUAUCGCAAGAUGUCUUGCCACUUUAUUUAGUGUUGGCGAUACAUUUUUGCUUUUUGAUACUGUUAAUAAGUGCAAUGAUAUUCUUAGAAAUAAGGAUGAUUCUCCAAGCUUUCUUCCAACAAAAUUAGCUGCUAUAUGUUGCGUGGGAUGUAUGUAUGAAAAAUUAGGAAGAAUGAUGGGUAGAUCAUAUGAAGAGACUGUACAGAUUUUGAUAAAAUCUUUACGUUCUGCGGAAUCACAAACAAGAAUAGAAAUUAUGCAUACUUUAGAGAAGGUGUGUGCUGGUAUGGGUUCUGCAAUUACAAAUGUUCACAAGGAAAUAUAUAAAAUUUCUAGACAUUAUCUAACAGAUAGAGUUAUGGCUGUGAGAUGUGCUGCUGCGAAGUGUCUGUUGGAAAUGUUAAAUCAUGCUCCAUUUUUAUAUACUACCGAGAUAGAAAGUGUUGCUACACUCUGCUUUAGAGCAUUCGAAGGUUCGAACUACGAAGUAAGAUGCGCUGUUGCAAAGUUACUUGGUACACUGGUAGCAAUGACCCAGCUUCCAAAUCCGAAAGGAAAAAACCCUUCAGUGGCUCAGAAUAAAAAUUGCAAACAAAUUUCACUUGAUGAAGUAUUGAAUAUUUUGAUGUCUGGAUUUCUAAGAGGUGGAGUAGGUUUUUUGAAAGGUACCGGGGAAAUCAUAAAAGGAAACUCUAGCGUGAAUCGUGAAGUUAGAGUUGGAGUCACCCAUGCGUAUGUUGUAUUUGUUCAAAUGUUGGGCGGUUCGUGGCUUGAGCGUAAUAUCGGUGCAUUAAUUGCACACGUACUUGAACUCGUGACAAAUCCAAAAGCAGCAAGUUCACACGUUGAUGCUGUCUACUCUAGGAAAUGUGUUAACUUUAUGUUACAUGGUACUAUUGGUAAAUUAUUAGGUGAAGGAGCUCAAGCUGCUGCAUGUAAAGAAAUAGCGCAUAUUAUCUUAAAGCAAAUGAACUCUAUUGAUUUCAGUCCAGAAAAUGCAAAGGAUUGUAAUCAAGAAACAUUAUUCAGUCAGCAUUUACUUGUAUGUGCAUUACAAGAAAUGGGAAAUUUGAUUCUUGGGUUGGGUACAACUGCUUGUAAUUUAUUAAGCGAUCAAUCCUUAAGCUUAAUUGACACGAUUAUGGCUGUUUUGAUUCAUCCAUGUCAAGCGGCUAGACUUGCAGCUUCCUGGUGUUUGCGCUGUAUUUGUGUAGCAGUUCCGAGUCAAAUAACACCUCUCAUUGACCGCUGUGUGGAUGGUAUCGAAAAUAUGCGUAGCUCACCGGAAGCAAUAGCUGGAUAUAGCAGUGCUUUAGCUGCGGUUCUUGGUAGUGUUCGUUUAUCGCCUCUUGGCGUUCCCCACACGAAAGGAAAAAUUAUCUUCAAUACCGCAGAAGAACUUUUAAGAAGUGCGAGUCAAAAUAGUCGUUUAUCAUUGAACAGAACACAUGCCGGAUGGCUUUUAAUUGGAGCUAUAAUGACUCUUGGUACAGCAGUGGUUAAAGGAUUAUUACCCAGAAUGUUAUUAUUAUGGAGAAAUUCUUUCCCUCGUUCAAAUAAAGAACUUGAAAGUGAAAAAGCUAGAGGUGAUGCUUUUACAUGGCAAGUAACUUUGGAAGGUCGAGCUGGCGCGUUAUCUGCUAUGCACAGUUUUCUAUUGCAUUGUCCAGAACUUUUAAAUGAUGACAUUACACGACGACUUUUAACACCAAUUGAGUCUGCAUUGGCAAUGCUGACAAAUUUGUCACCCGUGUUAAAAAAUUAUGGACAACAAUUGAAAGCCCCUGCUGCGAUGGUUCGUUUGCGUUUGUACGAAACAUUGUUAUUGUUGCCACCUCAAACUUUUGAAGUAGGUUCUUAUACGCAUCUCCUGAGAAUGUUGGUAUCCGAAUUCACCCUAACUGAAAAUCCUGGAAACACUACAACUUCGUUAUUACGCGCGGUUUGUCAUGCUAAUGAUUCUGUGAUCCUUGGUACAUGGUUACAAGAAACUGAUCACCGUACAAUAGAAGAUCAAAUGGAACCAAACAGAAGGGCAGAUUUGGAACAUCUACAACCAAAUAGCGCUGCAGGAUCCGGAGCUCUGGAACACAAUCCAUGUUGUCUUUACAGACCGGUACCACAAGAUGAAAUAAUUCCUGGUCCUUUACCUUUGGGAGUUGCUGUUAUUGAUUUAUCUGUGUCAUUGUUUGGUCAAAUCUUCCCACGUGUAGCGAACAAACAUAGAUUACAGAUGUUAGAUCAUUUCAGCGAAUGUAUAAAACAUACAAAAUCUGGUAGACAGGAAGCGAUCCAGAUGAAUGUGUUCACAGCUGUGCUAAGUGGGUUGAAAGGUUUGAAUGAAGCAAAAACUGGAUUUGGCCAGGAAGAUGUUAAGAAAUCUGCAACUAAUUUAAUUAUUAGCGCUUUAGUAAGCAGCAAUUCGAUAUUAAGAUGGGCAGCCGGAGAAGCUGUUGGAAGAAUGGCACAAGUUAUAUCAGAUCCCAAGUUUACAGCGGAAUUGGCACAAACAAGUUUCGAUCGUUUAAAAUCUGCUCGGGAUGUUGCAAGUAGAACUGGCCAUUCCUUAGCAUUAGGAUGCCUCCAUAAAUAUGUAGGUGGAAUGGGAUCUAGCCAACAUCUAAUCACAAGUGUCAGCAUCCUGCUUGCACUUGCACAAGAUAAUUCCUCUCCUGUAGUACAAGUAUGGGCACUACAUGCUCUUGCACUUAUUGCUGAUUCUGGUGGACCAAUGUUUCGAGGCUACGUUGAACCUACAUUGUCCUUAGCAUUAACUCUUCUUCUCAAUGUUCCUCAUUCUUAUAUAGAUGUACAUCAAUGUAUAGGGAAAGUAUUAUCAGCUCUUAUUACAACCAUAGGACCAGAAUUACAAGGUAAUACUUCGACAAUCUGUAUGGCACGGUCAUCGUUCUUAUGCGCGUGUGCUAUCAUGCAAGAUCAUCAAGAUCCUCUUGUACAAGCUGAAGCGACAGGAUGUCUUCAACAGUUACAUUUAUUUGCACCGAGACACGUCAAUUUAUCUUCUCUUGUCCCUACGUUAUGUCGAACUUUAUCAAGCAAUCAUUUGCUUUUACGUAAAGCCGCGAUAUCUUGUCUUCGUCAACUUGCCCAACGAGAAGCAAAAGAAGUAUGCGAACACGCGAUGACGUUAGCUAAUGAAAGCCGAGAUACUAACGUGGUGGAAGGUCUUGUUAUCACAGAAACCGGUCUUCCGGGCGUCUUAUUUAGUAUGCUGGACACAGAAACUGAUAGCAAAUUAAUUAAAGAUAUUCAUGAUACGUUGACCAGUAUGCUGCAAAUUUUAGCUGCAGAUAAUUUAUCUCAAUGGUUAUCUUUGUGUAAAGAUGUUCUUACAAUAGCUUCAGAGGCGUGCAAUAACGAAGAAGUAAAUACCAUCAACGUUGAAGAUGGUACCGCGGAUAAUGAUAAUACAGAUGCCGAAGGGGAUGAUGAUCAAGCUGAAUUUCAUGCCGAUGAAUCUACUAAACAACGGCCAACUAUUACUCCACGAUGGCCAACCAGAGUUUUUGCAGCUCAGUGCGUUAGAAGGAUCGUGGCUGCUUGUGUAAAUAAUAAACAAGCACAUUUUGAUCUUUCCUUAGCGAAGGAAAUGCAAACGACUAAGGGGAAAAACGAUUUUCUGGUGUUGCAUCUUUCUGAUUUAGUACGAAUGGCAUUUAUGGCCGCGACUAGUGAUUGUGAUCCUUUACGACUCGAAGGUCUAAAGACGCUACAAGAAAUUAUAGAUAAAUUUGCCAAAGUUCCCGAACCAGAAUUUCCUGGACACCUGUUGCUCGAGCAGUUCCAAGCCCAGGUCGGAGCUGCGUUGAGGCCUGCAUUCGCAGCGGAAACAGCGUCCCAUGUUACAGCUGCGGCUUGCGAAGCUUGUAGCGCUUGGAUCGGAAGUGGAGUUGCUAGAGAUCUUAACGAUCUUCGUAGGGUACAUCAACUUCUCGUGUCUUCUUUAGAAAAAUUGAGGGAGGGACAUACAAGACCUCAGCUGUACAAUGAAAGUUUGUUAACUCUUGAAAGAUUAGCGAUUUUGAAAGCUUGGGCAGAGGUAUACGUGGUUGCUAUGAUAAAAGACGGUUCUGCGUUAAACAGCAAGGACACGUUCAAUCAAAAUUCAAACCAAACCGAAGAGGGAAAUGUUGAAGAUUUUGGACAAUUUGAAUUUCAGACUGAAAGUUUGUUGAGUUUAGUGCAACCAGAAUUGCUUAGUUUAAGUCAGUACUGGUUAGCUGCUCUGAGAGAUCACGCGUUACUCUCGUUACCACCAGAAUUUUCCAGUCAAUUACCCCACGAUGGGGGUGCGUUCUAUACAACGGAUACGAUGGAAUCAGCUCGACCCCAUUAUGCAGAAUCAUGGGCACCUAUUUUGCAUGCCGCAACGCUUUGGCUGAAUGCAAAAGGAUUUGGAUUCGAAGAAACUAACAAUGAAGUGCAACUAUCGAAUACGGCUAAUAACAAUAAUAAUAAUAACAAUAGUGACGUUUCUACUAAAACUAACGCUAAUAUUGAACGUUUUCAUUUAUUAUUUGGUAUAUGUAUGGAGGCUUUAUGCAGUCCUCGAGCUUCGGAAUCUGCUCAAAAUACAGAAACGUGUUUAAAUGCUUUAUACACUUUGUUAGAUUCUGCCUGGGCACGUAAGGUUUUGAUCGCAGAUCGUUCAUUACCGAUUGAAUUGUGUAAUGUUCUUCACAGAAUGCUUCUAACUAGAGAAAGUUACGUGAUCCAGAUGAUAGUAAUGGAAGUUUUAAAACAAGUAAUGAAAGCAGCGCAGGAAGAUUUAGCAGAAAGAAAAAAGGCUAAACUGAACGAAAUAGCACCAGCACACGACGAAAGUAAUGAAAUUCAAGAAGUAGAUUUGCUAGGAGAAGGAGAAGAGAAUGGUGAGCUUAUUCCAGGCAAAUCGUUGGUAUUUGCCAUUCUAGAAGUAUGUCUCUGUCUUUUGGUUCGACAAAUUCCAGCACUGAAUCCUAAUCCUGCUGGAACAACAGCAAUAUUAUCCCAAAAAGGGUAUAUACCAUCAGAAGAAAGUGGAAAACUUAUAGCAGCUGCAUUGAAUAUAAAAGAGUCUCUUCCUACUUUAUGUUCCCCUCAAGGAGCUAUAGCAAUUUUACCAACAUUACUGUAUUUAGCAACUGGUGUAAUCAAAGAAACUGCAGUGCGCACGGACAAUGAAUGCAACAAAGUAGCAUCAGAUGCACCAGUGCAUGCAGCUUUACACUGUAUAAAAAAUCUUAGUACAAAUAAAUAUGCAAAGGAUCAUAGAAGUCAGGAACAGUGGACAGGUCUUUUACAAAGUGCUCUUGCUAAAAUCAUUGAUCUGGCUAAAACAGGAAAUGACGAAACAAAAAUGGACGAAGUAACGAUGAUGUUAGCUAUUGCAGUGUUUGUUCUUCAUGCUACACAAGAAGUUGUAAUUGCGCCAAAUCUUCAGUUUCCGUGUAUCAAUCAUUUUAGACACGCUUUUCAAUCAGAAAAUGUAAUGGUCAAAUUAAAAUGCGUUCAAACAUUGAGAACGAUAUUUUUACAUCCAGAACGUGUAAUAAGUACACCUUAUAUCCAUGCACUAGCUCCAAGAUUAGUAGAAUAUCUAUAUAGUGAUAAGAGCAAACAAGUUACAAAUGAUUUAGAGUUAUCUUUUACUCUGGAAUGUAUUAGCACUGUCGAGGCUCUUAUAGGAGUUGCUGAUAUUUCUAAUCAAUAUGUUACAUGCAAUUCAGGAGACCUUCUACAAGGAAUACAGAUGUUAACUUUACUUGUGCCAAUUUUAAUUAAUUAUCUAUUGGAGGGAGAACAACUUCAGCAUGCUACUAAAUAUCAACUGAGUCUUCAUCAACAGAGUUUUCAAUGGCUUAAUAAAAUAGGACCAAAAUAUCCGCAGGAAUUUAAAACGUUGAUGUCACAAUCUACAGAAUUGAAAACCAAAUUAGAAAACGCUGUACGAUUCACUCAUCAACAAGCACAGAGGCAUACCCGACCAGUAGAUCUCGUAAAACCACAAAUAAAGAUCACUACACCAUCUAUUAAACUAAAAACAGAUUUUUCAAACUUCAAUUAAAUGUUUCUGUAGCUUUUCUUAACACGUUAUAUACUUGUUCAGGUAUGUAUCUGAAAUUGUCACAAAAGUAUUGUGAAACCUUUAUGAAAACGUAACAAAACUUUGUCUCAACAGUGUAUAAUGUGUUAAAGAUAGUGCUUGCAAUAAUGUAAGCGACUAAUGGUAUAUAAUCAUUGUAUUAGUCCAUUAAUUGACCUCCAUAAGUGAUAAUCUGUGGUAGAGAUGUAAUUCAACAUCAUGUAAGAUAAAGUAUUUUAAUUAUAAAAAUCAUUACUUCUAUAAGAAUUUAAUUGAUGAUGAUAUGUAUUAAUGAGUACUUAUUUACUAGCACUUAUUCAUAUUUUAAUAGAAAUCAAAUUUAAUCUUACGGGUAGUAAGAAAAUUUAUAUUGAUGAAACAAGCAGAAAAUCUAUUUUUCUGUGAGAGCAUUUACAUUUUUUAAUCAAAAUUAUUUAUUCAGUUUUUAAUGACUUUUAACUUCGGUAGGAAACCAUAUAUAAAAUAUAAAAUUGUAUAUUAAAAUUACCUAAUGAUAUUUAUAUUUAUUCGAAGAUGUAAAAUUAUAUUUUAUAGAUACUAUUAUUCUUAAUUUUAUUUGUCUUCUCUGUCUUAAUUCAUGAAUAUAUCUAUUAUAAACUUAGCCAUUGUUAUUAUUAUGCAAAAGCACAAUAGAAACUGCAUACAGAAAACAAUUGCAUAAAUUAUUUUUCAUACUGUUAACAAUAUACAUAGUAUAAUAUUCUGUUACUAGUAAACUACUAAAAUUUAUAAUAUUAAAUAUCACAGUUUAUUCAAAACAUUUAUUAUAUUUUUCAAAAAUAAUUUCAGUGUAUCUUCAAAACCGUGUUAACAUAAUAUCUAAAAUGUAUAUGUAUAUAUUAAUAGGACGUAAUAUAUUAUAUACAACUCGGCUCAUGUAUAGAUUGUCUGUGAAUGUGUGUAUGUAUGUAAUAAAUGACCAAAUUAUUCGGUAAAAUAGUA